AGCGGAAUUAGCAUCAGUUCAGCAUUUUAUUAGCAAUCGUCGCUUUCAAGCAGACAAACAAUCAAAAUACAUUCAAAGUCAAAAUGAAUUUCACUAAGCUUUUCGUUGUUUUCGCUGUUGUCCUUGUUGCCUUCACCGGUCAAAGUGAAGCUGGUUGGUGGAAGAGGGUCUUCAAGCCAGUGGAAAAGUUUGGUCAACGAGUUCGUGAUGCUGGUGUUCAGGGAAUCGCAAUUGCUCAACAAGGAGCCAAUGUUCUGGCAACCGCUCGAGGUGGACCACCACAACAAGGAUAAUUGUGAUAGAUUAGCUUAACUGUUUCUAAAUGUUAUUUAUUCUCUAUAAUUUAUUAUUGAA